UUUUUUUUUGCUUAUUAUAUCUCUCUUUUCUUUCCCCUUUUUUCUCUCUAGUCCCUUUUUUUUUUGACUUUCCCAAAAUAGUUCAUUAUUAUGCCUGAUGUUACUAGUGAAGUAUAUACCCAAGACAGUGAAGAUCAAGUACAUGAAGUUGGACCUAAUGUACGUAUGUCUAACCAUGGACCUGAUAGUGAUGAACAACAACUGAUAAAGCAACGACUGGCUGAGCCACUUCCUACUGAUCCACAAGAACGGUUAUUAGCUGAACAAGAAAAUGCUCUUCCCAAAGUUCAAGAAUUACGUAGUUCUGAAGAAUGGCAAGAAGUAGUGGCCUAUGGUUAUUUAUCCGAGUCUGCCAAAAAGCAUUCUUUGACAGCUACUAGUCUUCGAGGCGCAGGUUUGAUUCGUCGUCGUCCUUUGAAAUUCUUUAAUAAGGAAAAAACUGAAUGUAUUAUCAUUGCUCAUCUUGGUACCAAUCUAUGUGGACAUGAUGGCAUUAUUCACGGUGGUUUAUUGGCUACUUUAUUAGAUGAACAUUUGGCUUAUGUGACCCUUCCUAGUCUUCCCAAUUAUACUGGUUUUACAGCAAAUUUAAAUGUGGACUAUCGUCUACCUGUCAAGUCAAAUCAAUGGGUGAUGAUUCGAGGAAAAUUGGAUCGGGUGGAAGGCCGGAAAGCUUGGGCGGAAGCUUGGAUUGGACACGUUGAAGAUGGAACGAAAUAUACCGAAGCCAAAGCUCUUUAUAUUAGCCCUCGUAUGGAAGGACCUAAAACAAAUUUUUAAGAUAGGAUAGAUAUGGUGUAUUUGUAGGAUAGAUAUUUUAGUUUAUAAACUCUAUAUAUAUAUAUAUGUCAAUAAAUAUUUGUUGUUGAUAGUAUCUUUUUUUUUCUAAAUAUAUUUAUUAUUAUUAUUAAUGAUGAAGAUCAUCAUAGUUAAAUGAUGAUUGAUGUUGUGAUUGAUUAUUCCGAUAAUGAUGAUGAUGAUGAUGAUGCUGGAUGACUGAUUAUUCCGAUUAAAAU